AUGUCGGCGCAGGCGGCGGCGGCCGCCUGCCCCGAGGGCCGGGCCAUCGUCGUGACGGGCGCCGCGGGCUUCAUCGGGUCCCACACCUGCGAGUUCCUGCUGAACCGGGGCGAGCACGUCGUGGGCAUCGACGAGGUCAACGACUACUACGACGUGCGCGUCAAGGAGUCGAAUGUCGCGCUCCUCGAGCGCGUCGGCGGCGACCGGUUCACGUUCUACCGCGGCGACAUCUGCGACGUCGCGCUGCUCGACCGCGUCUGGACGGGCCACGGCAAGCCGCGGCGCGUCGUCCACAUGGCGGCGCGGGCCGGCGUGCGGCCGUCCAUCGAGGACCCCUUCGUCUACGUGCACAGCAACGUCGAGGGCACGACGCGGCUGAUGGACGUCGCGUGCAAGUACGGCAACGACAGCUUCGUCUUCGCGUCGUCGUCGUCGGUCUACGGCGGCUCCAAGGAGACGCUCUUCAGCGAGAAGGACUCGGUGGACUUCCCCGUGUCGCCCUACGCGGCGACGAAGAAGGCGUGCGAGCUCCUCGCGUACACGUACCACCACCUCUACAAGCUCAACAUCGCCGCGCUGCGCUUCUUCACGGUCUUCGGCCCGCGGGGCCGGCCGGACAUGGCGCCCCUCAAGUUCGUCGACAAGAUCUCGCGCGGCGCGCCCAUCCAGCAGUUCGGCGACGGCUCGAGCAGCCGCGACUACACGUACGUCGACGACGUCGUCCAGGGCAUCGUGCUGUCCCUGGACACGCCCCUGGGCUACCAGGUCUACAACCUGGGCAACGGGUCGCCCACGAAGCUCGGCGACUUCAUCGCCCUCGUCGAGGAGGCGACGGGCAGGAAGGCGGAGAUAGAGAUAUUGCCGGAGCAGCCCGGCGACGUGCCGCGGACCUGCGCGGACAUCUCGAAGGCUCGCGAGCUCCUGGGCUACGACCCGAAGACGCCCUUCCCCGAGGGCAUCCGGAAGCUCGUCGCGUGGUACAACGAG